UCUUCGGUGAGAGUUUUGAGAUUAUAGAAGGAGCUAUCCCUCACAUCUUCGAUCUUGGCUACGCCUGGUACAUAUUCGAAACUUUGAUAAAUAUAUAUCUCUAAAAAAAUACGACAGCGAGUUUAUCAGUACGUUUACCUAAGACACUAAGAUUCAGCCCAGUUUCCGCAAGACAGGGUGGGAUUAUGACGUUAUUGUCUUUAUCUGUAUAUGUAACCGGAUUCUAUUGAUAAAUGCAAUAUAAAUAUUUCAGUUUUGUAUGCGCUGAUUGUUCUGAUUAUAUUCAUAAAAAUAAUUAAUGUACGGCACGGAGUAAAAUACCUGACGAGAGAUAGCGAUGCUACCGAGUAAAAUACUUGAUAGAAGUAUAACCCUCAUGAUGUCAUGGAAUGCUCAGUGGUUACUCGUAGAUAAUGUAGACUUAACAAAGUCGCACGAGAUUUCCAACUGAGCUCAUCAUGCUUGAACUCCAACCUCUAUACGUUACAGAUAUGACGCUUUCGGGUUAUACGUCUCUUAAAGGCAGAUAUCAGUAGAAGACUCUAUUCUGUUAGACUCGAGAAGUAUUAUCUCAAACAGAAACAGUAGUUUGCAUACAAAUCACAUACAUAAUUAGGCUGGCAAAAUCAUCGUUUUAUUUUUUAAAAUAGCAAUAUCAAUAGGACGACAUAUUGUGGAACAUAAUAAUUUUCAAAUCGUUACUCCAUUCUUGAUAUUAUAUGCAUCAUCAUUUGUAUUUGAAGUAGAUUUCAAAUAGACAGUUCCCGAGCUUGCAGAAAUUUUUCUCGGCUGCAAGAGGAAGGAAAAAUAUUAUUAAUGGGCUUGUAUCGGCUUCUUAACAUGGUAAACAAGAAGAAGAACCGUUAAGCGUUAGUACUUACAUCUGCAAGCUGCAAUGGCCUCUUCGAAUGUGGUUUCUAAUUUCGUUGUAGGAUCUGGGCGUGGUGGAUUGGCCUGAAGGACGCCUUCUUUGCUUAUCUGUUGAAUAAAGUAAUGAUAACUGAUGAAGCGAGUAACUUAUGAUAAAUGAAUACGUACCAUCCCUUGUUUUUGGAAAACGCACGCGACCAGGCAGCCCCUUUUAUCUGCAGUUACUUCAGCGAGUUUCUUGAGAUUUUGUUCCGUAACAUCGUCUAUCCGAGACACACCUUUUUACGGUAGACAUAUGUUGAAAAACACCAAUUACUUACAAAAAUACAUGAUUAUACGGUAUUAUAAUUUACCAAAAAUACUAAGAUCUAGUCCAGUUUGGUCGAGACAGGAUUGUAGAUGUUCCUGCCAGUGUGUAUAACUGGGUUCUGGAAUCUCCUGCUAACAGUGAAGCAUUUUUAUUAAAAAUAUGACAAUCGAUUUUGGCAUGACUGUACGUACCUGAUGAGAAAGCGCAAAUAUGCUACAGAAAAAACCCAGUAAAAGUAUCCUCAUCAUGCUAUAGUAUAACGCACUAUGUGUCGACAAAACUGCUUACGAUUUUCGACUGAACUCAUUAUCAGCGCCUACAUUGCUUUUUAUGUAUGUGUGCGUGAUAUGGGCAUUUGGAAAUUUGAAGUUAUCGCAUUAUCUACCCAAGCCUUCUGCUUAUAUAUGCGUAGUGCUGGAUACCAACAUUUUCAUAUAAAUGUAUUAAAACAAUUUCGUUUUUAUUGAAUCAUUAAAUAUCGUCAAAUAUCAAAGAAUUCAUUUACAGAAUGUAAGGUAGUUGUGUAAGCUCUCUUCAAUAAGUACGAGAAUCAAUCUUCAUCAAACGUAUAGCCUCAUAUGCAUUAUUCCUUAUAGCUGUUUCAAGGAUACUUUGAGUUAAAAAAAUCGAUUGCGCCCUGCACUUGUUGGAAACUUACUAACGAAAUUUGUGAUAAGAGCAGUCGAAUUAUUUUUAAUUAAAUGUAUGAAUACAUUGCCUGUCUAAAAGAGAUCGGAAUUUUUUAUUUAUCGAAAAUAACGAUAGAAAUGACGCCUAUAACAUAACGAUCAUUUUUUAUGAGACAUCUUUGACUGUCAGUUAUUCGUGUCCUUUUAGAAAACACUUUUCUUAAGGUAGUUCAGAAAACAAUAAAAAUUAUCCAACAAGUCAGUAGGUUUAACGCGCACUUCGAAACUUCUGUAUAAAUACUCGUCGAUUUCAAACGUUUAUGCAGUUCGAAAGCAGCCUUUCAAAGCUAAUACAUCGGGAGUCAAGAUGAAAGCUUUUCUGUGCACCUUCAGUAUCGUCCUUGCUGCGGCCAUGUCCGUCAAUGGCGAUAUGCCAGGCGAACUGAAGCCAGCUUUCCAAGAGUGCCAUAACGAGUUGUUAGGAACGCCUCAUGAGGAACCAACCGGACCACCCAACAUGGACGACCCCAAAGUAAAGUGCAUCCACGCGUGCGUCGCGAAAAAAAUCGGCCACAUGGUUGACGGCAAGAUAGUCGCGGAAAAGGAAAUCGAAAGCGCCAAGCAGCACAUGCCCAAUGCUGACAAUAGCUUGACGGACAAGAUCACCGAGUGCGCUAACAAAGCCAACGAGCAAAGCGACGAGUGCGAGGUAUCUGCCGCCUUUCACAAGUGCAUCGUGGAGAAGGUCGGACCCCCAGAGCAUCACCACUAAUCUCAUUUUCUUCUAAAAAAUGCUUUAACUUUGACAAUAUAAUACUGUUAUUAAAUUUAUAAUGCAUAUUAUAUUCAACCAUUAUAAUGAAUGCUAUAAUUGAAGAUAAAUAAAAUUAGCUAAUAUUCAAA